UUGCUUUAUUUUUAGUAUCUAUUCAUGGUUAGUAAAACUAAUUAUCUACAAUUAUAUUUUACAUUAUCUAAUAGUGUCGAGAUUCUUGUAUACCUAUCAGAAUACGAAAGUUAAACUCUUAAUUAAAUUGUAUGGGUACUAUUCUCUGUCACAGAGAGAGUGGUGGCUUAGCUUAGAAGAUAAAACUCUAGGAAUGGUACGGUCAUCAAUACACAUGCACUCCUCCAUCAAACUCCACAUCCAUUGUCUUCAUUAUCCUCACCCUCUUUUAGCCCUUCACUGCUGGUGUAUCUCUUUCCAGUCUCUCUUCUCACUUUUCCACCCAACACUCCUUUUCUAUAGUGCAAUACACAGCUUUGCAUUUACUUCUUGUUUUUGUACAUUCAAAACUCCUCUUUUUGCCUUGCUUCAUAUUUUCUCUGGAUUGUUGCAAAUUCUGCAAUUCAGAGUCUUCUCAACAUGGGGGCUUCCCUGCAUUCUCAGUUACUACUAUAUCUCUACAGCCUCAGUUUACUUCUGCUUUCGUUCAAAGUCCAAUUAACUUAUGCUAUGUCAACAAUUACAGCAAUGGCCAAAGACCAAAUAGCCUGCACAAUGUGCUCCUCCUGUGACAAUCCAUGUCAGCCAAUCUUCUCUCCACCACCACCAUCACCUCCGCUUCCAUGCCCGCCUCCACCGUCACUGCCGCUGCCACCACCUCUGCCCCCACCCUCAUCAGUCUAUAAUAGUCCACCGCCUCCUUCACCAUCCAGUUCUUGCCCGGGAGACUGCUCUCAGCCUCUAUCGCCGCCGUAUAACGGCGGAGGAGGCGGUGGCGGUGAUGGUAACUACUUCUAUCCUCCGACCAACCCAUCUAUAUAUCCAACUCCUCCACCUCCAAACCCCAUUGUACCGUACUUCCCUUUCUAUUAUUACAACCCUCCUCCACCUAAUACAGCCAUCUCCAACUCCGUUCAAUUUCAAAACCAUCCUUUUAUCAGUUGUAUCAUCCUUGCCAUGGCCAUUUUCUUGCUUCUUUGACCUUAAAACAAGAGCAGAACAUUAGAAAUAACUGUUGUUACAACAUCUGUGUGUACUUUAUUCCUUCUAUAUAUCCAAAUUCCAAUUUGAAUAUAUAUUUCAGAUUUUGGAAAUUAAUUUUCAGAAUGCUCGCAGCAAGAAGAAAGGCCAGGGGAUAGAGAGGAGGAACAAGAAAUGGUGGACAAAUAAACUGGGCCACCAAAUUGCCGUGGAAAAAAGAAUGUUUAUUGAAGGACACCCUAGUCUUCUUUUGCACGUGUGGUAGUAGAAUAGCAUAGCUCAAGGUAUUCUUACUCAUGACUCAUGUGUCACAUUGUUACUACAUUUAAUUUACAUGAUUGUUGAUAGGACUAAAAAAAAAUUUUUGUUGUAUACAUGCAUGUACCCAUCCUAUAUGAAAAUCUCUGAUUAUCCUAA